CGCCAGUUGAUCACCGCAACACCGCCCAUCAUGAUGCCCAGUAGGGGAUUGCACGCCCUUCGAGGGAAGCUGCCUCGAAUACAUCAGUCACAGUGUCGAAAUCUCUCAUCAACCAGUAUACGACCCACGAGUCUCCGAAUCGCAUCUUCCACCUCUUCUCCCUCAUCGCGCACAACGAUACCCAUUGCCCGUACCUCACGAGUAGCCAUCCCGUCCGUCGCCGCGUUCCGCUAUGCCUCAACACAGCCACCACCUCCCGCCGGGACACCACCUCCCGUCCACGAAACGACAUCCUCCAUCUCCAACAUCGAUACCAUCACAUUAGACGACGUCUCCGCGGCCGCUGCUGUCGACCCCAAUUCGAUACCCGAGCAGAUUGGCUAUCUGCACUCCAUUGGCGUCGAUUACGGCUAUGGCCCAACAUCCAUGAUCCAAUGGACUCUUGAACACGCUCACGUCUGGCUGGGCUUGCCUUGGUGGGCUUCCAUUCUCUUCACUGCCGCCUCUCUACGCAUUGCUCUGGCGCCGUUUUUCCUCAAGAUGUCCGAUAUGCAAGCACGCUCAACAGCUCUGGCUCCGGUACUCAAGCCAUUCAACGAGAAGGUGAUGGAGGAGCAGCGAAGAGGCAACACAGCAGGUGCCUUGCAAGCCUAUCAGCAGAUGGGCGCGAUCAAAAAACGCGCUGGUAUCAGCAAUGUCACAAUGUUCACACCCAUCUUAUUGCAAGGUGUGCUGGGAUUUUGUGGUUACAGGCUGAUGCAUUACCUCGCAACCUUCCCGGUACCCGGCUUCAAGGACGGCGGCCUGCUCUGGCUACAAGAUCUCACCAUCACCGACGGCUAUCUGCUUCUGCCACUUAUCAUGGCGGCCACGAUGCAUACCAUCAUCCGCCUAGGAGGCGAAGCCGGUACCGCGACCAUGCCACCUGGCUUCAAGAAGUUCAUGAUGUGGGGAAUGCCGACCAUCAUCUUUGCCGUCACCGCCUUCCAACCUGGCGCCGUAGCUCUGUGGUUCUGCGGAUCAGGUGUAAUCGGUAUUCCGCAAUCUCUGCUCCUCCAACGACCAGCUGUGCGAGAGUACUUUGGCCUUGCACCACUUUACAAACCCAAGCCUGGCGAGGCCGGCCCCAACAUCCUCGAAUCAAUGAUGAAACAAUUUGAGCCAGCGAAAAGUGCUCCAACCUCUCCACAUUCCGGCGGCAAAAAUUCUGCGUACAUGAGACCGCAAUACCAAUCUCCCAAUGUGCGGACUACGGGCUCAACAACGACAAUUGAUACCAAACUGGUCGAUAAGAUAGAUAUGGUACAACCUAACCCGCCACCCAAGGGCGUAUUUGCACGAGCGAAGGAGGGGUUCAAGCAAGGGCAAGUACUGGCGGAUAAGUUGAAGCAAAGGCAGGCCACGGCAAAGGAUGCACAGCAAAAAGCGGAUGCGCAGAGGGCCGAAUUCAAGCGACGAGCGGAGCAGUAUGAGAAGAAAAGUCGGUAGAAGUGCCUUCUGAUGCACAACGUUGUGCACGUGUACAAAUUGAUAUGUAAAUAUAUGAGAGAAGAUGCCUCUUCUCUGGCGGCUUUGCAUUCGUGGUAACAACUUGCAUGCAAGUCAGAUUGUUCAAGUUAUGUACAUCAGUCAUCAUGAUGAACUCCACUAUACAGUCUCGGGAGCAGCAGUAGCAUCCUAUGAUCGAAAGAAGUGACCGCACGCCAUUCAUCCUUCAUCAACUCAUAAAAGUGCCCCU